UCCAAUUAAUUGAUUUUAAUUGUUGUGUGGUGUGUAUGUAUAUAUAUUACAAGCUCUGUAUUUAACAUGUAUAUACUGCCUCUUUCUGAGAUAUGUGUGAAACUUGGCACCCAAAUGGUUAAUAAAGGGAUUAAGUAUUUGAGAGGUUAAAUGAGCGGUGAAAGUGUGUCCCUUCAGUGAUUGGACGUCAUCUUAACAACCUCAUUAUGCGUCUCAUUGUUCCAUUGUGACAAGCACCGUAUAAAUUAUCCAGACUAAGUGGGGCCAUCGUCACACUCUGUAAGGCUGCAGCAACUGCACUACACUGCUCUGCUGAAGAAGACUCUGUAUAGGCUAUAUAGCAUUGGUUAUUUUUUACUUUGAUUUCUGUAAGCUUUGACCGUGUCUUAUCUUAACAAUCAGGAGCAACACAAGCUCAGUGCUCUGAAUCUGAUUUCUAGUUUUAAGGAAACAAAAAAAAAAAAAAAAAAGCGCAUCUCAGGAUGGAUUCAGAUGCCGGGUCUACCUCUAGCCGGGCUUCCUCCCCUGAAUUCGUGGAAGGUGGCUCAAGUUUCUUCUCCAACAAGAUGUUCGAGGCUUAUUGCAAGGAGCAGGAGCGGCAGCACGGGGCCCUGCAGCUGCAGGACAAAGCUGGAGGCAAGAUGAAAGCCAAGAGGGACGGCAUGGAGGAAGACAUGCAGGACGGGAGGCUGAAGGUGAACAGUCGAGAGCGCAAGAGGAUGCACGACCUGAACCAGGCCAUGGACGGCCUCCGAGAGGUCAUGCCGUACGCCCAGGGGCCCUCGGUCAGGAAGCUCUCCAAAAUCUCCACCUUGCUGCUGGCCCGAAACUACAUCAUGAUGCUGUCCAGCUCUUUGGACGAGAUGAAGAAGCUAGUGAGCGACGUGUACGGGAACGGGCAACAGAACCAUGGGCCAAGGUGUGGACCCAUCAGGCCGCCCCCUGCCCAGGUCGCCAUGCACCCUUUGACCCAGUCUCUGCACUCCAUUAUGGGUGCAGCCACGAUGCCUCCUUGCUCCAGCUCCCCACACUCCCCGCCCUCUUCAGGAUACCUGGGAUUCAGGCCCACCAUGCCGUCUUUGAGCAGUGCUUACAGGCACUUUCCUGGGAUGCCUUGCCCCUGCUCCCUGUGCCAACCUCUGCCAGCUUCCAUAGCAAGCUUAUCCAGCUUAUCCAUGAGCAAAUAAGAUGCAUUCAGACUGUCUACCUUUUAGAACUGAACUCUAAGCUAGCAGGGUGAUCCACUGGCUUACUGUGCUUGACAGAACUUUCUUGAAAGACACAAAGGAAAGAGCAGAACAGGUCCCCGUAUAACAUCUGUUACUCUGUAUAUAUUUUGUAAAGUUAGAAAAAGAUGAAUAUUUUAGAUUUUUUUUCAAAGAAAGUGUGCUAUUUUUAUGUUUCU